AUGUCGGAGUAUCAUGUGCGCCUGGGCCAGUCUGGAGCCACCAGAAUGGCGGGAACUCCCUCCGCCUUGAGUUUCCUCGGAACCCUGGGCAGGAGAGGCAGAAAGAGGAAAGGAAGCAGCAAGAGGACGGAAGUGGAGAACCGUGAGGCCGGUACCGGAAGAACGGGGAAACGUAGGAAGGCUCAUCCUCAGAAACAACUCAAGGCGCAGGUUCAACAAGUUCUGCUCCACCAUCUGCAGGCUCAACCGCAGCAACAACUCAAGGUUCAGGUUCAACAAGUUCUGCCCCAGGAUCUACAGGUUCAACAGCUGCUACUUCACCAAGUUCCGGUUCAACCGCAGCAACAACUCAAGGCACCGGUUCAACUGCAGCAACAACUCAAGGCACCGGUUCUACAGCUGCUACUUCACCAAGUUCCGGGUCAACCGCAGCAACAACGCAAGGCACCGGCUCAACCGCAGCAACAACUCCAGGCACCGGUACCACAGUUUCUACAUCACCCAAUACCGGUAGCACAGCUUCUACAUCAGCGGGUACAGGCUCAACCGCAGCAACAUCUCCAGGCACCGGUACCACAGUUUCUACUUCACCGAAUACAGGUAGCACAGCUUCUACAUCAGCGGGUACAGGCUCAACCGCAGCAACAUCUCCAGGCACUGGUACCACAGUUUCUACUUCACCGAAUACAGGUCAGUCCUUCUCUUAUUAUAAAUGAGAUAGACUUGGGAAGACAAACCUUAGUCUAAGUGUCAUAGCUAUAUCUGGUCAAUGUCCUGGCCAUUGUCUUCACUGUCACUAGUGC